CUUUUGUUAGUUUUUCUAUUUCUAAAAUCUUAUUUUUCAUACUUUGGAAUAUUUUUUAGUUUUUUUGUUCAUCAAAUAUCCUAUAAUUUAUUUAAACUUUUUAACCUAAUGUAAUAAUACAAAAUAAAUUAGACGGUAUGCUGUUGUAAAUGUUACAGAAUUCAGAUCAAAUUUAAUCAACUAUUUUUAAAAAAUUAACAAGUAAGUCAUGAAGAACAUAUAGUCUUUUUAUGUUUAAUGCAUGUAUCUACUAUCUCUCCCACCUGCUUUAUAUAUGACGCCACGUCUAUGACGUAGGUCAAAACAGUAACAUUAGAUACUAUACUAUCAGACACACAUUCAUAUGGCCAGAGAUGACCAACCACUGGAGAUGCUCUAAGAAAUUUAUCCUCGUAGGCUUUUCUCUUUUAAAAGUCAACAUAUUGGAGCCAGAUGUUUAUUUUAUAAAUACUAAGAACCACACCAAAGAAAAAACAUUUCAAAGCAAAACAAAAGAGAGAGAGUGUAUCCAUUUUUGGAGGGGAAAACAAAGUAUGCAGCAGCCCUGUGUGAUAGUGGGUUCGAAGUACUGCUCACCAAACCCUGUAGGUUUGGCGAUCGUCCGUAAGGUGAUGAAGAUAACGGACGGUAACUUCGUGAUAACGAGUGCGGACGGUAAGUUAUUGUUCAAGGUGAAGGAUCCUUUGUUUAGUCUUCACGGCAAGAGGAUCUUGCUGGAUUGUUCUGGAGCUAAGGUCUUAACUUUGAGAGGGAAGAUGAUGACCAUGCAUGACAGGUGGCAAGUGUUUAGAGGAGGGAGUACGGAGGAGGGUGCUCUACUAUACACGGUGAAAAGAUCGUCGAUGAUUCAGCUAGCCCCUAAACUUGAGGUGUUUUUGGCUAACAACGUAGAGGAGAAGAUAUGUGAUUUCAAAGUCAAAGGGGCCUGGCUCGACGACUCUUGUGUUGUCUACGCCGGCGAUUCUGACACCAUUAUUGCCCACAUGUGCGGAAAGCAAACGAUGCGAGGCUUUUUCUUCGGAAAGGACCAUUUCUCCGUCACUGUUGAUAAGAACGUUGAUUAUGCCUUCAUUGCAUCUCUCAUUGUCAUCCUUGUAGAAAUAGAAAAAGCUGGUUUUAUUACGAAAAUGACAACACAAAUGAUAAUAGGUUUUUAGGUAUCAAUUUUUAAAGCACUAUCAUAUCGUUGUAGUAAUUUAGGUUGUCAAUACAAUUUGGUGUAAUGCACUAGCAUCGUUUGCUUUUCGUACAUCUGCAUUCAAACCAUACCAAUUUUAUUUCAAGUUUUAACAAUUAAUAAAACAUUGGCAAACUCUCUGUUCAUAAUAAUAUAUAUCGAUGGGUAUAAUAUAGUAUAGAUAUGUUUAUUUUUGCUAAAUACAAACACAUGCCCUUAGCAUAUCUUCUAAGGACCACCUGUCAUCAAGCUCGCUUAACGUCUUCAAGUCAUACACCUCCACUACCACUUCUUGUUGCUAUGUUUUACCUAAGCUCAACUUCCAUUCCGCAACAAUUCGAACAAAUAAAUCCAAGCACUAAAGCACCAUCACCAUUACCCGAACCUUUGUCAAAGCUCUACUUCAUGUAGCUCUCCUCAUGCCAGCGAGAAUCAUGUCUUUGACCCCUUCAUCAACGCCAUUUCUUCUCUUGACAGUGGCAAUUUGUUCUUCCUUUGAAUCGUUCUUGGAAGAAUCGUCGAUAAACUUUGAUCUCACAAAUACCAUAAAGUUUCUUUGCUUUUGGCUCAAACCUCUCAAGAACCCUUUAUCGAUUAGCCCUAUCUAUCUUUUUAUUUUUCUUUAUUGUAACUUUGAGUAUGCUCGUUAUUGUUGUGCUUUAAACUUUGAUAAUUUUUCCCUCUAUCUCUGUAUUUGACUUCUACGUUAGUGGAAUAAAAACAAACCAUUGUCCAAAAAAAA